UGGUUCGAAAUGUGAUUGGUUCGAGGCGGUCCCUCUCGUGAGCUCAGUCGGCAUUGCGUUUUCUGCGUGACAGCAAGUAAGCCAGUUAAACAGGAGCUGCAGUAUCAUACAUUUUGACCCGGUAUCGUUCAGCUUUCCGUUGCUAUGGACGUCUUCCUGUCCUGGCUGUUCUCCUCGGAGGAGCAGGAGCUGUAUAUUUUAGACUGCAUGGCUUACUUCAUGUAUUUCAUGGCAGCCCUCACAUUCGUUAGUUUGCUUUUCCAAAACGUCCCAUACGGAAGGUAUGCUUCGAGCAAAUAUGGGUUUCCUGUUAAUGUGAAGUUCGCCUGGUUCAUUCAGGAGCUGCCCUCCUUAUUGUUGCCUCUGUGUUUGGUGUUUUGGACAUCUUCCUCUAAAACGUCUCUAUUACCCAAUCAGCUCCUCAUUGCUAUGUUCCUCUGCCACUACGUUCAAAGAACCCUUAUUUAUCCAUUUUUAAUUCGAGGGGGUAAAGCAACACCGUUCGCCUCAUUCGCCCUGGCCUUUGCCUUCUGCAUAUACAAUGGUUACAUGCAGGUUCGAUACCUGAGUCACUAUGCAGAGUACCCUGCAGACUGGGUUACACAUCCACGCUUCAUCACAGGUUCUGCUCUUUGGCUGAUCGGCUGGCUGAUGAACAUCCACUCUGACCACAUCCUGAGGAACCUGAGGAAACCCGGCGAGACGGGUUACAAGAUCCCUCGAGGCGGAAUGUUUGAGUUUGUGUCCGGAGCCAACUUCUUGGGAGAGAUAACCGAGUGGACCGGCUUUGCUCUGGCGGGCCACUCGGCUCACAGUGCAGCCUUCUCCGUCUUCACCACAGUAGUCCUCGCCAACAGGGCUGUGGCCCACCACAAAUGGUACCUCGCUAAGUUUGAAGACUAUCCCAAAAGCAGGAAGGCACUGAUUCCCUUUGUGUUCUAGAAAGCUGCAGAGCCGCCUCGGAAAGCAGGAAACCCCUACGACUUCAGCUGAAAUGCCACUCGAGUUACGCUCGCAACACAAAAGACCUUAUGCGACACCUGUCCGUGGAAUGGACAGGGAGAUACAUGGAUCCUCCUUCCAUCCAAACAUAUCAACAAAAAACGAAGCAGAAACUGGAAAUCUGAAGCUGAUGUUGAAUAAAGACCAGUGGCGUGCACAGAUGUUUUAGGGAUCAGGUGCUCAAAUGGGGAAAUGGGGCACCUUGAACCUCCAGCUGCCUUAGUAGAGAGGCAGCCAAAGAGCAUUUAUCAUAUCAUUUAUUGUGAUGCAUAACUUUCUUGCUAAGAAUUCCCAAAGCCUGAUACUUUUAUCCGGCUUCAAUUUGGAAAUCACGCGCCUCCUCUCAAUAACUCACCCAAGCUUGAAACGAAGAGAUGAGAGUCCUGCCUGAGCACCGCUGUGGGGAUUCUCCACCUAUUAAUUAAAAAGAGGAACUCACUGAUAAACGUGGAUGGCAAGUCAACACCACAUGGAGAACGUGCAGAGCUUAAAAAGACAGAAACUGAGAAAAUAUACAAGUGGAAACGUUAGUAUUGAUUUGAAUGUCUCGUAGCUUCUGGCGUUGUUUUGUGGUGACUGUUACUAUGAGUAAAGAUUUUUUUUUUUUCUGAGUGCGAACUGUUAUAGAUUCAUAAUAAUGAGAUGAAAUGUUCAUCAAGUGCCAUUCUCUUUUUUACGAAAACAAACAUGUUCAAGAAGCAUUUUCCUUUCACUUUUUACAAUUCUACACAACCUAGUGCUGUUCUGUCACAUAAAAUCCCAAUAAAUUGAUAUUUUUUUAUGGUCAUGUGAAAGUUUUGAUAUCUUUUCCAGGCACAUAGUGCCCUUUUAUAGCACAAUCAAGUAAUUAUGUUAACGUCAGUUGUUAUAAAAUGCUGUAUGUAUAUCAAACAUGACUUAACCUUCACCUCCGGACAAUACAGUGGAAAACCGGACCCGGUCUGCUCUGUGAGGCGGAAGCUCAGAAGCUUGGAAACUGCAGAAGGAGGAGCUUCAUCCUUGAAGGCGGAGCUAGGU